GUGUUGGUUUUGGCCGGUAGAUCUCGGUACCAAAACUACCAAGAUGGCGGAUGAUGAAGAUCCCGAGAAAUCGAGUGGAAACGCAAAGAAAUCUCGAAAUCCUGUACCUGAAUGGCACGAAACUUGCAUCGGUAUAUGGACAAAGAGUACUAAAGGUGAAAUUGAUAAAACGAACAAGCGAAAUCGCAUCUGUAAUGGAAUUAACGUGGUCAAAAUCAAUAAGUUUGCAGAUCCAAAAAAGAUAAAACCCAGUCAGACAAGAGGGUUACAAGUUACAAUUCAGGAGAUUGAGGAAGAUAUUGAAAAAAGUGUCAAUCAAACUAAAAGUAAAGAUCCAAAGAAAUAUGAGUUUCCACCCGAAGAUAUGGGACUUGGCAAAAGGAUCAUAGAAAUCUUAAACAAGCAGAAAAACCACAUGGAAAAGGGAAUAAAGGAUAUUGCUGAAAAUGGGAUAAAGCCUUCAGAAGUUUGGAAUGGCUUUUCUGAUAUCAUGUCAUCUUGGUAUAAAACCUCUGCAAGGAUCGUUUCAUAUUGUCAUCCUCAAGAAAAGCUGUCUCAGAUGUAUGCUUUUGGGGCAGAGCGACUGAAAGACUUGAGGAAGCGGGUGGGAGGAGACGAUAGAAAGAAAUGACCACAAAGAGCAUCAAGUGGAAGGAACAUAUUUAUUUUGUGACUCCCCAAGUUACGCUCUGCGUAACGAACUUUACGUGACAAUGAGAAGAGCUUUAGAGGUAACCACAACAACCAACAACCACAGUAAUAUGGAUGAAUUACUGUACGAACCCUUUAGUGGAAAACUCGACAUUGGAAAUUGGUUGGAAACUAGAAAAUUAUCAUGCAAUAAAUGCCUUAUGUUGCCAUAGUACGAAUAACAAAUUUCCCAAUUAUAGCGUAUUUUGUAUAUGCAAUAUUGAGCUUUAUUUCUAGCCUAAGGCGAGAUUUGUGGUCAUAGUCUAGGCCGCCCCUCGGUGCCGGCAUUCAAAACGCCGCACCUGUGAUAAAUAUUAUUCUCGUAAUGAGACCAUAUUAAAAAAAUUAUGUUUUAUUAAAAUGAAUUUUGUGAAUUCAACCUUUCACUUUG